AGGACGUGGUGACGCGGCGGAGACCGGCUACCAUGGAGUGUCCCGUGGAUAUUCUCAGGGCGUCCCUCCCAGACUGGACAUAGCACCGGUACCACCGCCCGUAGGAGAAGACGCGACACGAUGGGGACACCCGAGUCAAGGAGAUCCUAAGCUCAAGCUCAGUCAGACAUCUACUCCCGACCACAGUAGACCCGCCUACCGUCAGCCAUGCCGUCUCUCCUCAACAGAGUCUUCAAAGGGGGCUCAGCCCGGGUCCCAGAGAGAGAGACAAUGGCAGCCCUAGAGGAUCUUGGUCGUGCCGAGGAGAACAAUGUACCUUCCCUCAAACAGCCGAAAUAUUGCUUCAGGUCACUACAAGACGCAGUUCCAGCUCGGGUGGUUCUCUACCUUCUGUCUUUCUCUGGUUUCCUGGUCAGCUUCAUGAUGAGAACAGACAUCAACAUUGCCAUAGUUGCCAUGGUUAAGCUGCCACCCCCUUCCUCCAACCAAAACUCUACUCAGGAUUCUCCUCUAGUCUGCUAUGAUCACUCCCUCAACUCUACCUCUCUUCAAGACGAUGAUGCUCCUGCCACUUCCCGAGAAGAGGGGGAGUUUGAUUGGGAUUCAACAGUUCAGGGAGCAAUCUUGGGCUCAUUCUACUGGUGCUACAUCUUGUCCCAGGUGGUGGGGGGGAUGUUGACCCAGAAGUUCGGGACCAAGGCAGUAUUUGGCUACUCCCAGCUGGCCACUGCCAUGUGUUCUCUGCUCAUCCCUCAAGCUGCCUCCAUCCACUACGGGCUCCUGAUCGUUCUUCGAUCCAUACAAGGAGUGGCUUCUGGCCUCACCUGGCCUGCCAUGUACGCCAUUGUUGGUCAGUGGAUCCCCGCCAUUGAACGCAGUCGAUUUAUGUCAUCAUUCCAAGGAUUCAGUUUUGGCAUCGGGUUAACGUACCCGUUGGCUGGAUUCCUCAUAGCCUACUCCGGGUGGCGGGUCGUGUUCUACACCACGGGCUCUCUGGGGGCCCUCUGGUGUAUCUUCUGGUACUUCUUCGCGUUUGAUGCUCCACAGAAACAUCCACGCAUCUCUAAACAGGAGCUGGAAUAUAUUCAAGCUAACAUCGGCUCAGCAGUUCAAGGUGGACAAUCAAUGAAGGUACCUUGGAGAGCUAUAAUGACAUCCUUACCUGCUUGGGCCAUAGGAAUCACAACGUUUGGCCGUAUCUGGGUCCAUUACACUUUCAUCAUUCCAGGACCAAUGUACAUGAAGACUGUUCUCGGAUUUAGUAUUCAAAAGAACGGAGUGCUCAGUGGCCUACCAUUCCUGCUAAGUUAUCUGUCGUCUGUUGUGUUUUGUUACGUUGCUGACUAUCUCGUCACAAGAAACUUGAUCGGGCUUACUAAUGUUCGGAAGAUAUUCACAGCUAUGUCACAAGUAGUGCCAGGGAUGAUGGUGUUGGCUAUAGGAUACCUGGGCUGUCACAUCACCCUGGUGCUGGUCACAUGGUUCCUGGCUGUCACUCUUAUCACCGCCUCCUACGCAGGAGCCAUGGCCAGUGUUGUUGACAUCGGCCCCAACCUUGCAGGUCCAAUCCUUGCAUUUGCACAGACAAUACACAUGACUGCUAGUUUCCUGUCUCCGUUGGUGGCUGGUUUCUUACUGAAAAACAAUACUAGCCUGGAGCAGUGGAGGAAGGUAUUCUGGGUGGCGUCCUGUGUCGGUGUGGGCACCUAUUUCUUCUUUCAAGUGUUUGGAACUUCUAAAGUUCAGCCUUGGAAUUAUCCUGAUGGGAAGCUGCCGGAUGAAGACACUGAACCUCUUCGCAAGAAGAAAGCAACACGUCGGGACAGUGCUGACUUUGCGACAGACGGAUGACAACACAUCACCUGCUCCGAGGACAGUUCACCGCUCGCGGUCUGUGAGGCAUUUAAUAGUGCUUAUGUACAGGAGUCAUGUGGUAGCCACUCAGAAGACAACUAGGCUAGCCAUGGAAUAUAGCAGUUUUAGACUUAAACUAUAAACAAAUGUAACUGAAAUUUCCGUUAGUUAUCCUAUUUUAUUUCCACUGCAUCCUUAAAAUUUAUAUCAUCUAGAUAAAUGUUUAAAAUGUGCUUCAACUAGAAUGUUUAGUAAUAUAAUAGCCGUUACCAGCCAAUAACAGUUAUGGUAUUGACAAUAUGAAAACGUGGUUAUUUCUUUCAAGGUGCAACAAGUCCCUUCUUUGAUAAAUGCCUAAGAACAACCAAACUUGCAUGAAUCAAUGCCUAAUCUUUGUGAAUCCAGUCUUUUACAUUAGUUUAAAAUAAUUAACAUGCUCACUUCCAAAAUGAAGUAGCAUUAUCCUUCUCAUGAGUUCAAACUCUUUUUAUGAUUGUUGGUGAACAAAUGAAAUCAAGUAUUGUGAUUAAGCAGUAAGAAUUUUAGUGUUCUUCAUUGUGACAUUUAAAAUUAUGAAUGUACCAAAGCAGUCACUAAUUUCCUCUUCCAUAAAAUAAAAAUCUCACAAGAGGCAAAUUAAUAUUUUCAAAAUGGGACAUUCAGCCAGCAGUCACACAGACAGAUUCAAAUAAUCAUCUUUAGCAAUGAAUACUUUUGGUUGUUUAAAGGGUUUUGUAAAUAUUAGAGGGGCACUUGUACAUAAAACUAAUGAAAUGUCAAAAAGAGAUCGUAAGUUUCAUUAUCCUUAAUUUAAUUAAAUGUUCAUUUUCAAAAAUAUAUAAUAAUUAUAUAAAUAAAUUAUAUGCUUACUUAAGGUUUUGUUGUACAAUAUCGUAUACUGAAACAAAUAAGAUUACAUGUAUUAACUAUAUUAGUAGAAUGAAAUAGUUAUACAUAAAUCAGUUUAGUUUUUUACAUUAUCUGUUACAGUUUUCAGUACAUUUCUGACGGUGAACCAUCAUUGUGUUUUAUGUGUAUAGUCUACUGACCUAUGCUCAGAAAAUCCCUUAUCCUCAUUACAUUUUUAGGCAACAAUAAUAUAAUAAUAAUAAUAAUAAUCAUAAUAAGCAUAAGUGAUUAUAAUAGAAGGUCAGAAAUUAAUAAUUAUCCGUAAUAACUUAUUAUACUAUACUUAUUGAGUUACACUGACAAUUUUCAUUGUGCUGUUUGGAUUACUCACUGUCAAGAAAGCAUGAUCCUAUUGUCAGACCUAGGGAAAACAAUUAAUGGGACCUAGUACAAUAUUAGUGAAUUCUGUUGUCUAGCUCUAGUUAUUAAACUCAGCGAGACAUCUAUGUUUCGAUUGUCUUUGCUCUCCAUACCGGAGUACAACAUUGUGGUAAAAUACCAAAUAACUUGAAAAUUCACCUUAUCAUUUUCUGCCUACAAAAAUUCAAUACAAGUUAUUUUAAAAAAACAACAAUCUCACAUAUCAACAUGAUUUAAUACCUCCUUAUGAUUUUGGACGUAAUAUAACAUUCAUAGCGGUUGCAUAAAAGUGUGCUACUGACGUAAUAUUACGCAUCGGUAUAUUGAUCAUGCUUUAUUCUGUUGUGUGCCAUAAUAUUAUGCGAGAUGCAUUCCUAUGACAACAGUGUGUUGUGCAAGUAGUUCUGGCAUUUUCUACUAUAUAUAUCAGCACUUUCUUGGUCCUCUAUCAUGAGUGUUUGCACCUUGAUGAGUUUGCUGCGGUCACACAGUGCAGACAGAUUAUAGGAUACCCUGUAAUAUCACAUAAUUAUGUUGCUACACCUUUUUGUAAUUAAGCUUAUAGUGUAGUCUAAAUGAAUUGUUUUACAAAAUAUCUCUUAAAACUGUAAAAUGGAAUGAUCCUAUACAAGCGAGUUGUCUGAGCAUAGGCACUAGUUGUACCUGUCAGAAGUGCUGCAAAUGUAAAUUAAAUCUACUUUAUGAAUUGCUAUUUAGCUAUCUUUUAUGAACUUUCUUUUCUUGCUACAUUCUAGUUUACGCUACUAACAUUGGCAUUUUUCUUAUCUAAAUCAUCAUAUGAUUAACAAGAAAAUCAAUGGACGAAUGGUAACGCUGUUGGCCCAAACAAUAAUAGCUGUAACGUUUCUAGCUGUGCCUACCGAUUCUUGUAUAUGCACUAUGUAUUUAAUUUUUAUAUAAGAGUAUUAUUUAUUGAGUAAAUAAAUAUAUGUAACACAAUAUAGAAAAAUAGCCUUUGUAAAGUUUGUUAUGUAAAUCAAAAUAGUUAUAGGACAUUCAAUUUGUGAUAUUUAAAUAAUAAAUAAAGUAAGUGUUUAAUUGACAGUAUUAGUUGUUUAAGAAUAUACCUACAGAAGUUUUUUUCAUCAUAACAUUUCAUUUUUAGUAGUGCCAUUUAUUUUAAAGCCAACCAUAUCUUGCCUUUGUUUAUUGGAUUUAUCAUAGUAAUACAUAUAAUGCAGUAACGAUCAUGGAGCUAGUUAAAUCUAUCAAUUAAUGUACGAGUACUUUAGCUAUUACUAUUAUUCUUGCUUUACCUCCUUUGGAUAAUUUUCAGUACCGGAGGAAAGGGAGCUGGGGUCACUUACAUUAACAUUUUGCAAAUUCAAUACUGUUGUUACUCUAAACAGUAUUGAUUUCAAAUAGCUUUAAAAUAUUUUACAUUAGGGCUUUAAGCAAUGAACUUUUUUAUUAAAAAAUUAAAAUAGCAAAUAUAAAAUAAUGUAGAUCAAAUGAUGUUUGCUUCAUGCAUUUUUGACAAUAUUACCUAGAAAAAUAACUACUAUUAACUAAUUACUUAAUACGAUAAAACAAGUAUGAUUGAGGGAUUCCAGCUCCCAUUAGUAUCUUAAUAAUAUUAAUAAUGCUGUAACUAUGUUUGGAAAACAAUAUGCUGCAAUUUUAAAUCAAUGUUCUAAAAUAUGAGAUACAAUAACAGACUUAGUGUGAAUUUUAAUGUUACCUAAAUUUUUUAUAAAAUUAUGCUUAUAACAGAAUGUAUUAUGAACAUGUUUAAUAUAUUCAAAAAGCAUAGACCUUUACAUAAAUUUUUAUUUUAACUCACAUUUACUAUAUAAAAUUAAAAUUUUAUAACAGGAAAAGUUUUGUAUUUUUUUAGAUUUGCAGAAAAAUACAACAACAAAAAUAUAUUCACAUUAUUAUACUUCACUAAGUAGAGUAUAUACCUUUAAUAAUAUUGAAUGAGCUCCAUAUAGCAUUAUAUUCAGAAAUGUACAAUGGCUGCUGUAGGCCUAAACUGUAGUUAUUCCUUGUUUUAAUCAAAUAAGUUCCUGUAGAUACAAAAUGUUGAAGUAAUUAAAUUAUAUUUUUAUA